CUUCCGGGCGCGGAGGUCUGCGCGCCCUGGUGAGCCGUUGGCCUGGUGGUCCCGCAGUGAGCCCGGCGGCCGGUGGGGAAGUCAAGGAGGGUUUGAGCAUGGCAGAAGGAGACACCCUGUUAUCAGUGGAUUAUGAAAUUUUUGGGAAGGUGCAAGGGGUGUUUUUCCGGAAGUAUACUCAGGCUGAGGGUAAAAAGCUGGGAUUGGUAGGCUGGGUCCAGAACACUGACCGGGGCACAGUGCAAGGACAAUUGCAAGGUCCCAUCUCCAAGGUGCGUCAUAUGCAGGAAUGGCUUGAAACAAGAGGAAGUCCCAAAUCACACAUCGACAAAGCAAACUUCAACAAUGAGAAAGUCAUCUUAAAGUUGGAUUACUCAGACUUCCAAAUUGUAAAAUAAUGGCCUGAAUUUAAGUUUUGUUUUUGGUUGAUUUGGUUUGGUUUUUAUUGUUAAUAGAGAUAGAACUAUUGUGUGUUAAUAUUAGCAUUAGUCAAUAAGUUAUUUUAAUGUCAGAUAUUUGAAUGUUAUUAUAUAUUACCUCUAUGAUGGAAGGAUUAUUACUGUACACAAAUCUAAUCAAUAAAAACAUUAGAACCUUCUGCUUAGAGUACUUUU